GCCGGAGCCGGAGCCAGAGCCACGGCCGAGAGGAGGGAGGAGGAGGAGGAGGUGGUGGAGGAGGCGCCGGACCCGGGGGAUUGUCAGUAUUUAAACAGACCACAUCAUGCGUGAGUACAAGCUAGUGGUCCUUGGUUCAGGAGGCGUGGGGAAGUCUGCUCUGACAGUUCAGUUUGUUCAGGGAAUUUUUGUUGAAAAAUAUGACCCGACGAUAGAGGAUUCCUACAGAAAGCAAGUUGAAGUAGAUUGCCAACAGUGUAUGCUGGAAAUCCUGGACACAGCAGGAACAGAGCAGUUUACAGCGAUGAGGGAUUUAUAUAUGAAGAAUGGCCAAGGAUUCGCACUAGUAUAUUCUAUUACAGCUCAGUCCACAUUUAAUGACUUACAGGACUUGAGGGAACAGAUUUUACGGGUUAAGGAUACAGAAGAUGUUCCAAUGAUUUUGGUUGGCAAUAAAUGUGACCUGGAAGAUGAGCGAGUAGUUGGCAAAGAACAGGGCCAGAAUUUAGCAAGACAGUGGUGUAACUGUGCCUUUUUAGAAUCUUCUGCAAAGUCAAAGAUCAACGUUAAUGAGAUAUUUUAUGACCUGGUCAGACAGAUAAAUAGAAAAACACCAGUGGAAAAGAAGAAGCCUAAAAAGAAAUCAUGCCUGCUGCUCUAGACCCAAAGUCAGCAGCAGCUCUGAGCCAGAUUACAGGAAUGAAGAACUGUUGCCUACUUGGAAAGUGCCAGCAUUCCAGACUUCAAAAAAUAAAUCUGAAGAGGCUUCUCCUGUUUUAUAUAUUAUGUGAAGAAUUUAGAUCUUAUGUUGGUUUGCACAAGUUCCCUGAAGAAAAAAAAAAAAAUUGCUCUGUGUAUAUCUCUUGGAAAAUAAGACAAUAGCAUUUCUCCUUUGCAAUAGCAGUUAUAACAGAUGUGAAAAUAAAUAUACUUGACUCUAAUACAAUUAUACAAAAGAGCAUGGAUGCAUUUCAAAUGUUAGAUAUUGCUACUAUAAUCAAAUGAUUUCAUAUUGACCUUUUUAUCAUGAUUCCUCCCUGUUAAGCACUAAAAGUUGAAUCAUUAUACUUUAUAUCUGUAAUGAUAUAAUCAAUUAUGAAAUUUCCCCUCAAACUCAUUGCAGCAGAUAACUUUUUUGAGUCAUUGACUUCAUUUUAUAUUUAAAAAAUUAUGAGAUAUCAUCUGUCAUUAUAUUCUAAUUAAAAUUGUUUGUGCAUAAUGCUUUGGAAAAAAUGGGUCUUUUAUAGGAAAAACUGGGAUAACUGAUUUCUAUAGCUUUCAAAGCUAAAAUAUAUAAUAUACUAAACCAACUCUAAUAUGGCUUCUUGUGUUUUACUGUCAGAUUAAAUUACAGCUUUUAUGGAUGAUUAAAUUUUAGUACAUUUUCAUUUGGUUUGUGUGUUUUUGUUAUUGUUUAUAGAUUUAAGGACUUUAUUUUAUAAUGACCACAUUGUUUUAAAUGCGACAGUAGCUCCUUUCUGCCUGGUAUCUGCAGAAUUCUUGGCUUUAAACUAUACUAACUGGUGAUUUCUGUAGGAACAGACCUCCUACUUCCUGUUCCAGAUAAUAUUUAUUCCUACUAUACAGUAUAAUACAUCAGACUACAUAGAAUAGUUUUGUAUAUUCUCUCUUGAUCUUAAACAUUGUAUCUUGCUGAAUAAAAUAUCCCACUGUGUAUUAUUUUUAUAUGUAAAGAAAUAAGUUUAAUACUGUAUCAGGGUUUAACUUUUACUAUUUCAAAUCUUCCACAGCUUGUAAUUUUAUUAAGGAAAUCCUUUUUGCCAUUGUUAAUUUGUUGGGUGUGGGUCCACCAAUGAAGUGUUAUGUAAAAGCUUUCAAACUUGCUUUAUAAUAGAUUAAAGAUUUUGAGAGAAGUAAGUGAAAGUUAAAACACAUAAAAAGAAUGUGUUAAUUACUUUUGCUUUGACUAUAUAUGAAGUAGUAUAGUAGUAGUAAUAUGAAAAAGAUUACUAAGUUAAAAUUUUAGCUGGCUAUAUAGUGGUGCUUUUCUUUUCCUUCCCAAUUAUUUCCAUUUUUAGAAAAGAUGGGGCUUAAGUAGGGCAUGGACCCAGGGUGAUGUUGCUUAUGUGUUCUCCAUAAAGAAAGAAAGAGCCAACAGCUUGUUAGCCAGUGAAGUACUGGAGAAGGAAAGAAACAAGCUUAGGAAGCCUGUGCCUUGUCCCUGAAUAUCAAGGAGGAGAUCAGUCCUAGAAAGUCUAAAUCAUUGCUCAGGGAUCUAGAUACUGUCUCAUUGCAACUAGGUGUGAAACAAUGUUCAUGCCUUGCUGUGAUUUUUUUUUCCAGGAGUGUGGUCAGCCCAUUAGUUACUGAAUUGACAUUUAAAAGUCAGCUUUCAAAUGUAAGUUCUUUCCAGCCUGAGAAAAUGUUAAAAAUAUUGUUUUUAAAAAUUGGAAAUUGUAUUUUUUUGAGUUUCUAAUAAACUUAGUUGCCUAAUAACA